CCCUAUACAUAACACCCCCACCACCACAGAACCACACAUACCUUCAUUCUCUGCUAUCCACUCUAACAAAUGGCAGCGGAAACAGAGUCAAAAUGGGAAGGCAAGGUCUCUGCUGUGCUGGCAAACCCGACAGCACAACAAGUCUGGCUUCUCUUGGAGGACUUCUGCAACCUACACAAAUGGCUUCCUAGUAUUGACACGUGUUACCAAGUAGAUGGGGUCCCUGGCCAGCCUGGCCUGAUCCGCUACUGCGCCGCCACAGUAACAUCGUCUUCCGGCGGUCGUGAUGAUGGGGUGACGAUCAACUGGGCCAAGGAGAAGCUGCUUGCGAUUGAUCCCAUCAAACGGUGCCUGAGCUAUGAGGUCAUAGAGAAUAACACCGGCAUAAAGUCAUACGUGGCAACAAUGAUAGUAUUGCCGAUCAACGAUGAUGGCGGACGUGGGUGCAAGAUCGAGUGGUCGUUCGUGAGUGAUCCGGUUGAGGGGUGGAGAAUUGAAGAUCUGGUCUCUUAUCUGGAGUCUAACCUCCAGGGCAUGGCAAAGAGGAUGCUUCAACAUUAUGCACUCCUUUAAAUAGCUGAAAUUUAUCCCUACAUGCUCUAUUUAUUAAUUUUUAUUUCCGUUUUCCAUAUAUUUUUGCCUGUUUCAAUAUAUAAUAAUAAUAAUAAACAGGCUGUUUGUUCA